UAUACGCGCAGGCAUAAUAAUUGCCACCAGUUGGGAACGUGAAAUAAGUGUGGCAAAACACUUGGACAUUUAUGAAAUUUUCUUUUUUGCGUUGCAGUUUUGCAACAUAAGGAGAUAAAUAAAAUAUUAACAUUACCACAUUUCGACAAAACACCAUAAAGAAAAAUCGUCAUGAACUCUGUAUUCUUUAUUGGGUCUGUGUUACUGUUAGGCACCUGUGUCAACACACGGAAAAAUUCCGGAUUCGGACCCGGACCCGAACCUGGAAGCGGAAGCGGACUCGGACCAGUCCCGCCGGAUAACGAAGAUGGAGGAAAGCUUCCAAAUAAGGGAUGGCAGUCACCAUUAAUGACGGGGUCACCAGGGGGGAGACCGUCACCGAUACCUGCAGAAAAGCCGUGGCUGCCACCUAUAGAAAAGACGUCACCUCAAUCUGUGGAAAAGCCGUCACCGCAACAUGGGAAAAGGCCGCCACCGACACCUGGGGCAAAGCCGCCACCGCCACCUGUAGAAAAGCCUUCAUAUCCACCUGGAAAAAGGCCGUCAGUGCCACCAUCACUUGGAGAGAAGCCAACAAAUGAAAGGGGACCACCAAAUGGAGACAAAUCGGUAAAUCACACCAAAGGACCAUCUAAAGGCUGCAUUCCUAUCAAUGGUGUAUGUGGUAGAAACUGUACGCUUAAAGACGGUCAAUGUGUAGGAAGAAGUUGCUGUUCCAGUAUCAUGGAAAACGACGGUGCAGGAUGGUUUUGCCGUCAAGUUGGUUCUUGUGGCAAGAAAUGUACAGAUGGAAGUGGUGAAUGUAUAAAGGAUAGAUGCUGUUUUAGAAAACAACCCAGACACAAAGGUCCUGAUGAUGAUAACAAUGAUGAUAGUGAUGACAGACAAGGAGGUGAUGGGAAUGAUUUUUAUGAUGAUGAUUCUGCAGAUAGCAAAGAUGACAACAGUCGUGAAGGCGAAAAAUAUAGGGAUUAUAAUGGCAUGAGAGUCAGGUGUACGGGAGCAAAGUGUUCUGCAAGGUCGUGCAAACAACGGGGCGGAUACUGCUUGACAGGAAAAUGCUGUUACGAAAAAACUGAACAUGAGGCCCAAUCACUCUGCGAGAAGAAAAGACGAUUGCUUGCUGUGAAAGAAAAACUAACGCAUGUUAGUUCGAAAAAUAAGAUUGUACGACUGAACUGUACUUCCGCUGGAUCGUUCCUGUCCCGCUGUCAGGGCAACUCCUGUCACUGUCUAAAUGCAAGCUCUGGCGAGGAAAUUGGACAAGUUAAGAGAGCUGCCUCCUUCGACAAAAGCACUUGCGACGAAGAACAAAAUAAAACUACAGCCAGACUACUAAACUUAGACACUUUGGUUUCAAACCGAUCAAAGAACACUUUUAGUGAGGAUGAACUUGAAGAAAUAAAAGAUCAACUUGAACAUGAAAUUGAGAGGAAGUUCCCAGUGGAUGCUGAAGCAAGGAUCUAUGAAGGAAGCACUAGGGCAGAUAUUCAGAUUAAGAUGUGUUCGUUCGACUGUGCUGCAACUGCAGAAACUUCAGACUUAUAUUCUAUCUGUACCGAAAUGGUAGGAGAGAUUGAAAAGGGUAACAUUGUACUGGAAGUGAACGGUCAGCAGUUGAUCCCGUCAGAAGCUAAAAUUACAAACAUUACAACCACAGCAAUGUUGGAGGCCUUGGGAAAAGAAAUGGAAAAUGGAUACAAAGAAACUGAGGACAAUAAGUCGACCGUCAUCAUAGCAGCGGUUGUUGUUACAGUUGUUGUGCUCUUGAUGUCGGUGGGAGUUGCUUGCUACUGCUACAGCAAAAACAACAAGUUGAAAAAGAAAGAAGCAUACUUGAACAAUCUCCCGGCAAAGGAGAACCCUACAUAUAUAAAAGCAUAGGAACUUUCGAAGACACGAGAAAAUAUUGGCCCCAAGAACACGAAAGGCAACGGACUAUCAUUAGAUGAAUUUGCAAAAGAUUUUGUCUUUUAUUUCCUCAAGACAAGAUGAAAAGCUAAUCUUUCAGAAUGUAAUAAUUGGAAACUGAAGUAACUUUCUCUGUGAAGUGGCAUACAUAAAAUUUGUUAUCAGAACAAACAAAAACGUCAAGAAAUAGAAAAACUAAGAAUGUAAAAUUUACUUAUAAAGAUAUCGAACUUUAUUUGACAUCAAAAUCAACGUUUACGACCAGUUUUUAAUUAUGUGUACUUGACAUCUUCAAAUGAUAUUUCUCUUUUGUUACUCAUUGAUUUGAAACAUGUGUUUUGUGUUUUACUUUAUUUGUAUAUUACUGUUGUAAACAAAAAUAAGAUAAAAGAGUAUUUUAUAACUUGCGAAAUUUAUCUGCUAAGCAGAAACGUAAAAUAUUAAUACAUUUGCAAAUCUAACACAUAGUUGGACAAGCCUUAAAUGUUUUAAAAGUAAUUUUUUUAGGUUUCAAAUUGUUACUAGUAUGCAUCAUUUCAGUGUAAAAAUUAUCAUCUUUCUACAGUAAGGGUUUGGACUAGUAAUUAUUAUUUGGUGACGCAUGUUAAAUCUUGAAACUAUUUAGAAUAGUGAACUUUAUAGUUAUGUUACAAAUGAAGUUACGAGACAAUUUCAUUUGAAAUUUUGUCAUCAUAUUUUUGUUAUUAUAAUCUCAAAAUCUUUGCAUCCGUAUGUGUAUCAAACAUCGUAAAUGUACAAAAACCAUUUAAACGAAUUAAGUUGGAUUUUACAUGUUUUAGAAGCAUUCAAUUUUCAAAAUAUAUUGCCUCUAACUCGCCUUGAUUAAGUAUACUUAUAUUUUUACAGAUUGAUGUGAACUGGCCGAUUGGGUGCAAUUUCAUAAUCAUUUUGGCCAGUUUUUGCCAUGGCAACAUAAAAAACUGAGUUAUCGAUAUGAAAAAGCAUGUUCCUACCUAUAUACCUAUUCGUCUGUAAAUAGUUAAAAUCACUUUUUAUGAAAAAUGAAAAAAUAAAAUUGCUAUGACAAUUUUGCUAUGGCAAAAUAAUGAAUUUUCUUGCCAUGGCAAAUGCAAUUUUCUCGUCCUUAUUUACAAAAAAAACUUGUAAUGGUAUUAUAUCAAAACAUACUAACUUUAAAAUAGGUGGGCUAAUAUAACAAUUUAAGGCAAUUUUCAUUUUUGUAAAGCGCAUAUAAAUAUACGCUGAAUUUGCCAAAUACCGGCGUGGCAAAAAGAAACCGGCGGCUAUUAAUGACACGUUUCAGUAAGGCUUCAUUUUUAUAACUAACUUAUUGGAAAACAUCAUUUGACAUAAUGCACGUUGUUAUAUAAUCAGGAAUACUUUAUCAUAAUCAGAUACACAUUUCCAGUUAUCAUAUUUACGUUAAUAUGGACGUUAAACAGACUUUCAAACGGUCUGGUCCAUAAUGUUUUGUUUAUUUUUAUUAUUAGAGGAGUGAUCGUUCAAGUAUGCUUCUUUGAACAUGUUAGCCAUGAUCCUGCUAAAUUUCUAUAAUGAAUUUGUCAAUCUUUCCAUUUGGACAGUACCAUUAACUGGUAAAAGGGACGCAUACCAAAAGUGAUAGUGACUGAAUGGCGAACGGUGCAGAUGUUGAUCAGUCGGAUGUGCAGGCUGAUCAUGAUCUUCACUGGUCACAAAGGCAGAGUCAAUCGUGUCCAGCAUGAUAAGGGUUAAGUUAGUUACUAACAAGAGCUCUGGGCUACGUGUAAGGACAGGGUUACGAUUUUGACGAUAUCCAGAGCGAUAGACAAGAAUAGUAGCAAAUAUUUUAAGAGUAAUCUUGUAUUUACCAUUUUAUAUUAUUUUACAAAACAAUUAUCUCUGGAAGCUUGGGUCUAUCUUUUUUUCCGAGGAGCCAUUCAAUGUUUGCUUACAGUGGUUCUAUCCGGUGCCCGUCCAUGCCAAAAAUUGUAACCGUAAGGGUUGGGGCACCAGUUGUCUUCUCCCACCAGCAAAUUUUCUCAUAGAAAUACUUAUUUUCUUAAACAUUUCUUCAGAAACUGAUAUUUUGGAAGUCCUUGUUAGACAAUUAAUGAGGACUUCCGAAGAGGACUUCAUUUAAUGAGGUGCGGUAGAUACCAUGGCAAGCGGUAGUAAUGCUUGUCGAUGUUAUCAAAACUGAAUUUAUUUACAUGUUUUAUUUUGUUAUGUCAUAUUAUUUGACAUAUUUGCAGAUUUGUUCUAAAUUGUGUGGUAUAAUGAAAUCUAAACUGAUUAAUUUUGUGUUAAGUCGGGGGGUGGGGGGAGGAUUUUUGCCAUGAUUCAAACUGUUUCUUAUAUCAGUAGCUAUUUUUAGAUGGCAUUCAUGUAAUUAGCAACCCACCGGACACAAUACAUUGACAUUUCAUGUUGGUAUAUAAUCAAAGUUUAUUCUAAUCAGAUGCUUAUGUUGAUGUAAUAUUUACUUCCAUCGAUUUGUUAUCAUCUUACUGCUGUAUUUAGUUUCAUACAAAAUUAGAAUCGCUUUUACUAUGCGGAGCGACCGGCUUGAGAGUAUAAUUUUGAUUAUAAUCCACAGAUUGAAGUAAUUAAUUUUACAUUUUGGUUACUUUCUUUAUAAAAGUUCUGAGAGAAAUGUUUAGUUACUAGUACCAAGAACAGUAAUAUUUCGAGUAAUUGUUUUUAUUUUAUUUAAAAUAACGAUUUCAACAGUAAUGUUAGCGGCAGUUUAGGGGUUAGUGUUUUGUGAAGUAUCCUGGGCGAAUGCGAGAGGUUUCGAUCCCCGGCAGAGUCAUACCAAAGACAUGAAAAAUGGUGCCAGUAUCUCCCUUGCUUGGCACUCAGCAUUGAAAGGGAAAUUGGCCUCUUCUCUCAAACACUCAUGGCGAUGGAUUCAAUCAGGAAAUAGGUGUUGAGAGUGAUUUUUAAAGAUUAAUGUUGUAGAACUUGUUUCACAAUCGACCUAAAAUAAAUUAAGUAUAAACUAAGACUAAGUUAAGUUGGAAUCUAUCCAGAGCGAUAUACUAAACAGUAUUUCAACACGAUCCGAUUCAUUUUUCUAUUAAACAAAGAAGGCAGAAAACAGUGAAUUAUUAUACAACAAAUCACUGUUCUGACGUCACAAUUAUUACGUCAUGGCGUCAAACGGCAUAGCGGCGUGCUUGAAAAGAAACCGAUUGAAAACGGGCAAAUAUUUAAUCAAUGUCGUCAAGGAUGUACGUAAAAAUCCUUGGUAACGUGUUAGAAUCGAAAUUAUAUAUCUCAUUUAGUGAUUUGCUCUUGAAUAAAUCAUUGUUUGUCGUUCAGAUGCGUAUUAUUAUAUCACUCGGGCUGCGCCCUCAUGAUAUAAUUCCUUCGCAUCUUAACUCCAAACAAUGAUUUAUUCAACGACAAAUCACUGGAUGAGAUAUAUUAUUUCUUAAAUAAUUUGGUUACUAUCUAGAAACGUAGACUUAACACUAAUGUAUCAACAUUUUAAUAGAAAUAGUUUUGUUUCAAUCUCGAGCGUUGAUUAGAACGAAUUGUUUUGAUUACUUUACUGAAAGAUUACUAAAAAAAGUGGGAAUUUUCCGAGAGGCAAGAUGAGUGACAUGAAAAAAUUUGACGAAAGUACUGUUUCUCCUAACAUAUUGUUAUAAAUUAUAACAUGUAGGUAUACAUGUAUGUUUUACAUAAAAAAAAACAUUUGAAAGAACACUUUUUCAUCGAGAAAAGACAUAGUAACUACAUGUUUUACACGUAUAUAGUAUUAAUGUUUGUUAAAAUGUUUGCAUAUACGUUACAAGAAUAAAAUACAAAUUGUAAUUUCCUAAAGUACAUGUUACGGUUUUAAUUUUCUUGAGUGUACUAUUUUAUUAUACACGUAUUUUAACAUUCCUGAAAACGUGACAGUUCUUUCUUGUCUCUGUUAACCUUUACCCUGCUAAAUUUCUGAAAUGGACUGAUCCAUCAUUCAAUUUGGGCAAUCCAAUUUAUUAUUCUAAGGGUUUUUCACUGAAAAUUUACUGACUUGAAUAGCGAACAGUGCAAACCAAGAUCAGACUGCACGUGCAAGUAACAAGUACCUAACCUUAUUUGACGACAACAACUAUUUAUAUGCAAUUAAAUAUUAUAGUUAUUCUGCACAGUAUUAUAUAUAUUUCUCAAAUAAAUUCAAAUAAUGAUAAGUCAGAAAAAUAGUAUCUAAAAUAGCUCAGUGUAAAUAGCAUAUAUUAGAACAAAUAAAAAAUUCAC